UAGGUAACCCUACGACCUCAGGCACGUAGAUACACGCGCCAGCCAUUUAUUAUCAAUAGUCAACUCUCAAAUCCUAAUUUUAAGAUAGUUGCCAACUUUUGUAGAGAGAGAGAACAAUAAUUAAGAUAGUUGCCAAUUUUUAUAGAUACUAAUAAACAAUAAUUCAAAAGUUUGUUAAUUACAAAAAAACUCUCAGAAAAUCCCAAACAAUAAUUUCUGAUUUAACGUAAUUGGAAAAUGGCGGUGGGCCGGAGAGAGAAGAACAACCAAUCGCGAAUCGCGGUGGCAAUCGGGAUCGGAGUGCUGGCUGGCUGCAUCUUCGCUUUCGCUUUCCCCCAUGGAUUCUUCUCCGCCAAUCCGCCUGCUCAAAAUCGCCUCCGCUCCAAGUCUAAUUUUGAGGUUGGUUCGUCAUCAUGUGAAUCUACGGAAAAAAUAGAUCUAUUGAAGUCAGAUAUUAUGAGGUUAUCCGACAAGAACGUCGAGUUGAAGAAGCAAGUUAGGGAGUUGAAGGAAAAUAUACGCCUCGUCGAGCAAGGAAAAGACCGUGCACGGGACCAGCUUACGGUCUCCAGCAAACCAACCAAGGCUGGGCCUUUCGGUACAGUCAAGGGGUCAAGAACAAACCCUCCCGUAAUUCCCGACGAAACUGUAAACCCUAGACUCGCGAAGAUCUUGUCCAAAGUCGCAGUCGGAAAAGAGCUUAUAGUGUGCCUAGCCAAUUCAAACGUUAGAGCCAUGCUCGAAAUCUGGUUCACAAGCAUCAAGAAAGUGGACAUACCUAACUACCUUGUAGUGGCAUUAGACGAUCCGAUUUUAGACUUCUGCGAGUCGAACGAUGUGCCUGUGUACAAGCGGGACCCAGACGAGGCUAUUGAUACAGUGGGAAAAACAGGCGGCAACCACGCUGUGUCAGCUUUGAAAUUCCGAAUCUUGAGGGAGUUUUUGCAGCUUGGUUAUAGUGUUCUUUUAUCGGAUGUGGAUAUAGUGUACCUGCAGAACCCGUUUCAUCAUUUGUAUAGAGAUUCCGACGUGGAAUCCAUGUCAGACGGGCAUAAUAACAUGACAGCUUACGGGUUUAUUGAUGUUUUUGACGAGCCUGCAAUGGGUUGGUCUCGAUACGUACACACAACGAGGAUUUGGGUUUAUAAUUCGGGUUUCUUUUAUAUAAGGCCAACUGUGCCUUCCAUUGAGCUAUUGGAUCGGAUUGCUGACAGGCUGGCAAAAGAAGAUGCUUGGGAUCAAGCUGUUUUUAACGAAGAGCUAUUUUUUCCGUCGCACCCUGGUUAUGACGGGCUUUACGCUGCUAAGAGGACUAUGGAUAUUUACAUGUUUAUGAAUAGCAAAGUUCUUUUCAAGACGGUUAGAAAAGAUGCUCGUUUGAGACAACUUAAACCGGUUAUUGUUCAUGUGAAUUACCAUCCUGAUAAAUAUCCGAGGAUGAAAGCCGUGUUUGAUUAUUAUGUCCUUGGCAUGAAAGAUGCUCUUGAUCCGUUUCCAGAUGGGUCCGAGUAGGCGAAUAUAAAUUUUAUUUUUAUUUUUAUUUAUUAGUCUUUGUUUUCACUUUAAUUCGCAGUCUUACAGAAAAUCUUGACAGGGUUGCCCUCUUUUUGGAGUUGUUUUGUGCUAACGUCACUUUAGAGCUUAUACGAUGCAGUAGCCUUCCCCACCAUCUUGUCAGUUUAACACAGUCUUUGUAUCUGAACGAUUCGAUUACAAUAUACUCAAAUUCUUAUUUCG